AUGAGUGGCACCAGCGCCAGGUCCAACCACCUGUCUCAGCCGGUAGUGAAGAGCGUGCUGGUGUACCGCAACGGGGACCCUUUCUUUGCGGGGCGCCGCGUUGUCAUCCAUGAGAAGAAGGUGUCCAGCUUUGACGUCUUCCUGAAGGAGGUGACGGGAGGCGUUCAAGCACCGUUUGGGGCCGUCAGGAACAUCUACACCCCUCGGUCGGGCCACCGCAUCCGGAAGCUAGACCAGAUUCAGAGCGGGGGCAACUACGUGGCUGGGGGCCAGGAAGCCUUCAAGAAACUCAAUUACUUGGACAUAGGAGAAACCAAGAAAAGACCAAUGGAAGUUGUUAAUACAGAGGUAAAACCAGUAAGCCACAGCAGGAUCAAUGUGUCCGCUCGCUUUAGAAAACCACGCCAGGAACCCUGCACUAUCUUCUUGAUCGCAAAUGGAGACCUCAUAAACCCAGCUUCUCGCCUCCUCAUCCCAAGAAAAGCCUUGAAUCAGUGGGACCAUGUACUACAGAUGAUCACGGAAAAAAUAACUCUGAGGAGUGGCGCCGUCCAUAGACUUUAUACUUUAGAAGGAAAACUUGUUGAAAGUGGGACAGAGUUGGAGAAUGGGCAGUUUUAUGUGGCUGUUGGCAGAGAUAAGUUCAAGAAAUUGCCUUACAGUGAGUUACUUUUUGACAAGUCCACAAUGAGAAGACCUUACGGUCAGAAAGCCUCUUCACUGCCUCCUAUUGUAGGAUCCAGAAAGUCUAAAGGGAAUGGGAGUGAACGGCAAUCUAAGUCAACAAUUGGGUACAGUGACAACUUAUCUCCUCAACCCACAAAGAGAAAAGGAAAAAAGGAAGAUGCAAAUUCAGAAAAACCCACAAAAGUGAAACAAAAUGCAAAAUUAAAGAAUUCACCGCAAACAAUUCCAAACAGUGAUGAAGGCAUUUUCAAAGCUGGAGCUGAGAGAUCUGAAAUGCGGGGGGCAGCAGAAGUCCAAGAAGAUGAAGAUACUCAGGUUGAGGUUCCAGUUGAUCAGAGGCCAGCUGAAAUAGUAGAUGAGGAAGAAGAUGGAGAGAAAGAAAACAAGGAUACAGAACAAAAAGAUUUCUCAGGAAUGAACGGUGUUGUUGAAGAUGAAGGAGGGCAGGAGGCUACAGGCGAUUCUGAGCCAGCCAGGGAGACCUCGGAUCACAGUGAGGGGCAGGCUGGUCCUGCUCGUGUAAAUGGAGGCACUAAUGAGGAAAAUGGUGAAGAACUGGACCAAGUUAAUGAUGAGCCUCAACCCGAAGUGAACGAGGAAACAAAGUCUCAAGGUGCUGGCAAUGCACAGGAUGAGGCUGAUUUAGACCCUCAAAGACUACCAAGGCCAGAAGUAAAAAUCACUAGCCCCCAAGAAAAUGAUAACAACGAACAAAACAAGGACUAUGCCGUUGUGGCAUAG